CUCUUGUGAAAUAAUAGUGGCACUUUAACUUACACUAACAAACACCAGGAACUGUAUCGAAAGAACAAGAAUCGAGCUCGAAGAAAUCAGUUGUAAAUAUUUUUGAUGGAAAUCUUCGGGAGCUUCAAAAUAAAUAUUUAAUCGGGCGUUAUUACAUAUGCCAAUAGCUAAUUCUCGAUUAGAACGUUUACAAAUAAAGAAGCUACUUCAGUGUGUAAAUAACAAGGAUUUUGAUCAAAUAAGUAAAUUAAUUAAACAUGGAGUACCAAACCUUAUCAAUUAUAAUGAUCCAGAUAGUGGUAUAACGGCUGUAAUUUCAGCUGUGAAAUCUGAUGACAUUUACACAACCGAAUUUCUUCUUUCGAAUGGAGCAUGCACAGACUUAGUAGAUUUCGAUGGCAAAACUGCUUUGAUGACGGCAGCUGAACUUGGAAACAACACUAUUUUAAAGAAAUUACUCGAAAAAGGGGCUGAUAGAAAUGCAAGUGAUUUCAGUGAAAGAACCGCUUUAUUUUAUUGUAUUUCACCAACAGAUGCACAUUUGAAAUGUUUAGGCUUAUUACUAAAUCAAAGAAUGCUCAUCAAUAAACAGGAUCGUGACGGUCAAACAGCGUUAUAUAUUGCAUGCAAAAGGUCAACGGAAAAUGAAAAGUUUAUUAUUGAAUUAUUAGAUAACGGUGCCAACCCAAACAUUUAUUCGAAAAAUGGCAAAAAUUCAUUUUUAGAAGCAUGUGGAACAGGUAGCAGUAAUUCUGUUGCAGCAGCAUUACGUGCUGGAGCUGAUCUAAAUUCUUGUGAUAGUAACAAAAACACUGGUGCUCAUGAAGCUGCUAAAAAUGGUCAUUUGAAGGUGUUGUUUGUACUUUCUGCAUUUGGAAUCGACUUCAAUACUCUUGAUAAUGAUGGAAAUAAUCCAUUACAUAUGGCUGCGAAAGUCGAUGAAAUGUGUUGUAAAUUUCUUGGUCAAAGAGGUUGUGAUGCAAAAGUAAAGAAUACAAAUGGAAAAUUACCUCGAAACAUUGCUAUUAAUGAAGGUAAAAAAUUAUGUGCAAAAGAACUACGUAAACUAGAACGUGUAACAAGUAAAACCGUGAAAAAUGCUGAAAACUGGGCUAUUCGACUAUAUGACUGGUCAAUUGUAUAUUGUAAUGAAUUGAAAGAACGUUUCAUUGAAAUUAGUCAACGAUUAUCAAGUGUCCUAGAAGAACAAAAAGAAACAAAUUCAAAUGUUUCAAGGGAUUUGGAUAGUAGAAAUGAUUUUCAAAUUAGCGAACAAAGUUUAAUCACUGCAGUAUAUGCUUCGGAUCAACAACAGUCCGAUAAAUUAAACACGAAGAAAAAAUCAGGUAAAAAAAGAAAACGAUCAAAAAACCGUAGUUCAAGUCGUAGCCGAUCUAGGAAAACAACCACAAGAAUCCCUAUAGAAGAUUUCACAUCAGUAGUAAGUUCAUUAGAUGGACCAAUUGAUGAGAUAAUUAGCAAAAAACUACUACUUUUACACGAGAAAAACGCUGAUGGUUGUAUUGAUUGGGAAGAGUUUUUAACUGGAAAGAAAUAUUUGAAUAAAAAUUACUUAUUAAAAGCUUUUGAAAAGAAGAAAGGAAAAAAGAAAAAGAAAAAAGGUGGUAAAAAUACUAAACGCAGAAAAAUACCUAUGGCUAUAUGUACACUGCCAUCAGAGGCUAUUUUUCGUCGAGCAGACGGCGGUCCUGCUAUUAUGUACAUUCCUAAGGAGAUUCAUCAUACAGACUUUAAUCGUUUCGAUGCAGACCACCCACCAGUACAUCCGUUACAAGAUGAUUCUGUUUGGUAUUUAGAUGCGCCAAAGCGUCAGUAUAUAAGCUUUCAUUCUGCAGCUCUACAUAAUGAUAUGGAUUCAAUUCGUUUAGCUUUAUCUGAAGGAUAUAAUAUUGAUACAAGAGAUAAAUUUUAUAAAACCCCGUUAAUGGUUGCUGCACAUCAUGGUAAUUUAGACGUAGCUAUUGAACUUAUCAAACUAGGAGCGAAUGUUAAUGCACGUGAUAAUUUCCGUUGGACACCAUUACAUCAUGCAGCGCAUUCAGGAAUGAUUGAUAUGGUUGAAUUAUUAUUAAACAAUGGUGCAAUAAUUGAAGCAAAAGCGUUGAAUGGUGCAACACCAUUAUUUCGUGCUAUUGAAUGUUCAAGACUUAAUGUAGUCGACUAUUUUCUAUCGAAAGGUUCGAAAUUAUGUGUAGAAACACGUAAAGGAGCAAACCCUUAUGAAGUGGCUUUGAAUUGGUCUGAUCCUAGGGUAAUCGAACAUGUACAUGAUAAGUGGGAAUUAGCUCAAGAGGCAGCUGAUAAACAGAAGAAACAGGGUAGUGCAAAGCGCAAAAGGCCAACUACAGCUGGAUCGACUAGUUCAAGUAAACGUUCAGUUUCUCCAGUUAAAAAAUUCACACCACCAGAUAAUUUACCUGGCCUAUAUCCAAAUUUAAUGCAGAAACAAUUUAAUUUAUCUUAUUUACUCAAACAUACAUAUUCAUUAGAAAAAACUUUAAAUAGACAACAUAUUCGUAUAUGUCCUCGUCAUCCAUGGCUACCUAAAUUGAAUCAUGAAGAAAGAUUAGCUAAAUUAGCUGAAGCACGUGAACGAUAUGGAUGGGAUUAUGGUUUACCCAAUGUACCAAUACACUUAUUUGAUAAGCAUUUAAUACAUCGUUUUCAAGAGAUUGUUGAAAUGAACAGUAGUGAACAGUAG